UUUUUUUUUUUUUUCUCGCGAAGAUCUUGUUGGAUCUAUGUAGCUUAUAGAAGUACAUAGAGUUGAAGUAUUCGUAUGAAGGAAUUGGUAAAAAUCGAACGUGGUAAAGUGACUGAGAUUUGAGAACGAGAACGACAACGUGUGUUAGAUUGUUUUGGAGUAUCAAGGUGUUUUUUUGAUGCACGAGGUCUGGCGGGAAAACGGAACCAGUCUAUGAGAGAUCUCGCGAUCGAGAAUCUUGAGAAACAUCUGUUCGGUGCGGUGUGAGAAAAGAGAUAGCACACAUUAACGAAAAUAAAACCGUGAACGUAUCACAGAGAAACGAAAUUGCUGCACAACCAGGCAGUGAUAUGAAGAAUACGCAAACCAACACUUAUGCGGAAGUGAAUGGCAAGCAAGUUUCGAAUGGCAAGGAAGACAAUGCCGACAAUGGAGAUGAUGAGGUCGAUGCCGUGCAAGAAGCUAUCGGGAACCUUGGUAAAUGGCAAAUAUUCGUUUGCCUCGCAAUCUCUCUGGUCAAGUUCCCGAUCGCUUGGCAUCAGCUCGCGAUCGUCUUCAUGGCGCCACAUCAAGACUACUACUGCACCGCACCAGCACGCACGGAAAUACCUGGUCAGUGCGUAGUCUAUGUCAAUGGAACGAUGGCAGAUUGCACAGAGUGGGAGUACGACAGGAGAACGUUCACAGAGACGAUAAUAUCGCAGUGGAACUUAGUAUGCAGUCGAACACAUUACGCCAAUAUCCAGCAAUCUAUUUUGAUGUUGGGCGUGCUUUUGGGAAAUGUUAUAUUUGGCAAUCUAGCAGAUAGGUACGGGAGAAAGAUGCCGUUGAUGGUAUCUGUAGUUCUUCAACUGGUUUCCGGUAUCGGAUGUGCUGUAGUGCCUUGGUUUCCAGCGCUGUUAGUAAUGAAAUUACUUAGCGCCUUGGCUACUGGAGGAACAAUGGUCACCAGUUAUGUCAUUUGUAUGGAAAUAGUUGGUACGAAAUGGCGAGCGGCGAUCACGAUACUUUACCAAAUUCCAUUUAGCUUGGGUCAUAUGUCGCUAGCUGGACUUGCAUUUUUCUUCCGUCAUUGGCAACAUCUUCAAGUCGCCAUAACGUUACCAUCGGUAAUUCUUCUCAGUUACUGGUGGAUCGUACCUGAAUCCCCCAGAUGGUUGCUCGCUUUUGGAAAACAGCGAGCAGCUUGUGAGAUCCUGCAAAAAGCGGCGAAUAUUAAUAAUAUUCGAGACAAGGACAUUCCAGAGAUGGUCAGGCAGCACUGUUUGCAUCAGAACUCUAAGCGAUCAAAUUUAGAUCACCGGGCAUCGUUUCUGGACCUGUUUCGUACGCCCAACAUGAGAGUGAAAUCUCUGUCAAUUUUCUUUAAUUGGAUCGUUUGCGGAAUGGGACUAUUCGGAAUGUCUCAAUACAUAGGCCAAGUAGGUGGUGAUAUUUUCGUGAAUUUCACUGUUUCGGGCGCUAUACAGAUACCAGGUAACUUCGUCGCUUGGUGGGCGAUGAACAGACUUGGCAGACGGAUUACACUUAUCUGUAGCAACUCAAUUACUGGCGUCGCCGCAUUCUUACUCAUCGUAGUUCCAAAUGAUGUCACGUGGCUUCGAUUAAUUCUAGUCUGUUCCGCCAUCGUUGGUAUGUCUGUCUCCUUCACCACUGUUUAUCUAUUCUCCGGUGAAUUAUUCCCCACUGUUGUUAGGAACAUUGGAGUGGGCACCAGCAGCAUGUGCGCUAGAAUAGGAUCCAUUAUCGCGCCUUUCGUCGUUUCUUUGGAUCACAUUCAAAGCUGGUUGCCACCGGCUUGUUUUGGAAUUCUUCCACUUAUUGGUGCAACACUUUGCUUCUUACUGCCGGAAACUGUUGGAUGCAAGCUUCCGGAAACCCUAGAGGACGGUGAAAACUUUGGGAAGAAACUACAUAAGAUAAAGAAGAAUCCAAAAGAUGUCGAAGCAGAAGCGACAUUUUGAACGAAGGCUGCAAUUAAUACUAAUUGCCUAGAGUUUGUCAGAAAGUUAGGAGAAAAAGUGCGCGGGAAGUAACGAAAUUGAAAACCAUGGAUUUUCAUAGAACAAUUAGGUGUACAUAUGUAUAAGUAAUACUGAGAUCAUUCCGCGUUUUAUUUAUUACACUAUUGUAUCUGCAGUUCUAAGAUCAGCGAAUCGUUGUUUCCCCUUCAUGAACGUUGAAGCACAUCGAUUUCAUAUUCCAACAGUUUUUCUAUCCGUUGAUUGUUAACAGUGUUAAUCAGUAUGUGUAUGUUUGUUCCAAGAAAACAAAAACAAAGAAGCAAAAUUUAUAUCUAGGAUAAGUGAAACGUCAGAUAUCUUAGCAGAUUUUCAAACUAUUUUUGAUAUCGACGAUCUUGUGGAAUUGAAGAAUGUUAUUUACUGCCAAAUGUAACAAUCUGAAGGAGCGUGCCUAUAUCAUUUGUGUACGCGAAUGUAUAAAAUAACAUUUUAUAAAAUUCAAAAUAUAAUUUUUCAGCGUCCAUUCCAUGUAGGUGUGAAAUGUGAAUGUGUAUGGCGAUUAUAGAGAGAAUUAAACAAUUUUAUAGAUAAAUGAAAAUGUACAAUCUAGUCUUAUUUCUUUCAAAAUAUUUAGUAUUACUUUAAUGUAGAAAAUGAAUUUUACGUUAGAACUUUACAUCAAAUUUCAACAGUUGUUUCGACAGAAGCGAAGGAAAUAUAAAACUACAGACAAACGAAUCUCUGCAACAUUUUUGCAAAACAUGU